AUGGUAAGAGUUCCAACAGAAUCAUCGUCAACAAGUAACGAUGUUCCGAAGUUUCACUACCGCAUUGAGGAUGCAGUUGACAUGAUGUGGAACAACCAAUACUCCGAGGCGGAUGAAAUUCUUGCCCCCUACAAGGAACUUCACCCGCGUUACGCCCUUGAGUAUGCAAACAAGUAUCUCGUUCAAACACUCAUGAACUCUACGAAUGAAAGCAGAGAGGUGAUUCUUGGUUUGUUCAAGGUGGCAGAUUCGUUGGCUUCCACCGCAAAGUAUACGGAUCCCAUGUUCGAGUUUGACGACGAUGCAGAUGACGUUGAUGGGUCGGGGGCUUCCAUAAGCGUGCCUAGUAAGGCAGAGCGGAAAAUCAGCAAAAAAAACUUUAAUAGUCGUCGAAAGGCAGCUGAAAAGGCUGGACAGACUUUCGUCGAUGUCUGGAAGUUGGAAUGUGAAGUGAUCUAUGCGGAUGCGCUGCUGAUGCGUUCUGUGUGCCAACUGAUGAUGAAUUCCUACCUAAAGGGUGGCAUCAAUUUGCGCAGGACAUGGGGCAUUUAUCAUAAAUUAAUUCAUGUCAUUGCUGCGGAUAAAACGAAUCAAAUUCCUAACGAAUUGAAAAUGUGUAUAAAGUACGGGACCGGAGCGUUUUAUGCGUUUCUUGCCCUUGUACCGGCCAAUUUGAUGCGACUGCUUAAUGUUAUUGGCUUUAUAUCCGACAGGGAACUUGGUGAGCAAUACCUUACGGAGGUGUUUGAGAGCAACGGGGUGCGCUCUCCGUUUGCGGCGCUGGUCCUGUGUACGUUGUAUCUUUUCCUUCCAACGGGUAUUGGCCGCGUAGAGGAGACGCUUGCGAAGGCGAAGCGUAUAUUGGAUGCGAUGAAUAAAAAGUAUGAGCAAAACACAUAUUUUCACGGCUACUCCAACUUUUAUCACAGAAAACGUGGCGAGACAGCAGAGGCCUUGGCGGCUAUUCAGCGAGCCGAAAGAAAUGCUGAGCGGGUUGGAUUGGUACCAAUUUUGAUUCGUUAUUUACACGCCGAUACACUUUUUAUGGACCUUCGUUUUGGGGAGGCGAAAGAUCGAUACGCGGCCGUGCUUAAUCAUCUCGCUCAAACGAAAGAGAACUUUGCAUAUACAGGACAGGUGGUUUUGUCACUUGCCGCCUGCCUUGUUAUGCUGGGAGAGGAUGCUCAGGCACUUCAAUGGUUAAAGAAGGUGGGUUCCAUGUACAACUCCAGGUCAAAGAACGACGCCAACUCUCCGAAGUUUGCGUCCCGCGUGCUAGCAAACCCCCGUUUAUUACCGCUUUGCGGUGUAUACCUGCUGUAUAUCAAUCGCGAUCUUGCGCAUAUGAAGGUUGAACAGGCAGAGCGUGUCUUGCAAGAGUUGCGGCGAGUGACAGAGGGAAAAGAUUUGAGUUGCCCUGAGGCGGAGAACAUGUUUGCCCUUUUUGUGGGGGUCAUUCACAAGGGAUGCGACCGUCUUGAUGCGGCGAUGGAGAGCAUGAAUAAAAUAUUUGCAAACGAAAAGCGUGUGCCAAGUGAUUCAAUGAUCUUGCCAUACGCCUACUAUGAAACAGGCGAGAUGGAGUAUCGUCGCGGUAACCUUGAGAGGGCAAAGACCCUCUUCUUAAAGGGGCAGUCGCUUAAGGGAGACGGCAGUGAAACCUUGGCAAACAGGUACAACAUUGCUUUGAAACAGCUAAAACGCACACUCGAAGAGCGAAAAAAAGUGUAG